AUGGAAAUUUCGAAUGACGAGCCGGCGACGACUAACUCUCCCGCUGCUGCUGUCAACCCGACAUCCGUUCAAGAUACGCCCGUCGCAAUUCCGGAGCCUUUCAAGGGCUGGGCGUUGAAGGCUGUCAGGGAUUUUCGAAAGGACUUCAAGGCGCUCCUCAAGGCGAGGUCGAAGUUGAAGAAGAUGAAGGCGCUCAACGAGCAGGGUGUGAUUUUGCACAGUAUUCGCACGAAAGCGGUUGAGUUUCAGACCAAGUACCCUCUGACGCGGGAAAAGUCUGCUGCAUCGGUCGCGUCGGUUCAUCACGAGAAUCAGAUGCGCAUUCAACAAGACUUCAUCAAGUCUAAGGAGUUGGAGGUUGAAGAGAUCCUGGCGGCGUCCUCUUCACACCUUACCGCUUUGGCGACUAAGACCGAAGACUACAUCAAAGGCCUUACCACCGAUCCUGAGCUCACCGUGUCUGAUGCGGCGAAGGAGCGAUUCCGGAAGAUUAAGGGUCUGUGUAUCAAGAAGGCCAAGUCGGAGGUGUCUAACGCCAGGGAUGAGAUCGUCAUCCAAGAGCUGGAGAGGCAGAGGGUAAAGGAAGCCGAGGAUUUGAAGAAGGCUGCUGCUGCCGAAGAGAUGGAACAGAUGGAGACGGAUCCGGCAAUCGACGAGCUGAUUCAGAAAGCUGAUCCCAAGCCGGCCCCCGCGUCUUCGAAGCCCAAGGCGGACCCGUCCAAGGACCAGAAAUCUUCUGGCGCCAAGGCAGAUGUACCGAAGGCUACGAGGAAGCGCGGGAAAGCCAAGAAGAAAGUGAAAUCUCAAGGCGACGGCGGAGGGAAGGGUCAAGAAGCAUCCUCGACCAAGGCCCAAGUUCCAAAAAACGGCGGCGGCGGCCCAGGAAAAGGGCCGCACAAGAACUAA